UUAACUACGAUAUAAUAAACCCCACCAAGUCGAGGUACCACUACAAUCCCAAAUCACCCGUUGGAUACGACACGUGUUAUCCAUCCAGGCUAUCUGGGAUCGAGCCCCAACGAGGUACUGCAUUCCGGCCAAGCCCUCCCUUCUCUGGCAGACAAAGUUGCAGAAGCCCCACCUUUCUGCCAGAAAACCUCUCCUUUCCCCAUCCUCUGCCUCUUGGGAACCUAAGGGAGCACCUAGAUCGCCAUCAGAAACCUUGGGAAAUGAUUUGAGGAACCUUGGAGCGGGUUGCGUCCUUCUUUGGAGCUCGGCGGAGCUUCGAAGGAGAGGUUCUCCCUUUUUGCCUAUAAAUUCCUUUGAAUCUUCCUCAAGAUCCAGACCUCUUGUUUCCCUCUUUUUUCCCUUGUGUUUCUGCUUAGAGCUGGAUCUUUUUUUCGCCUUUCCGGGCCUUGUUCGUGUCGACAAUCUGCCAAGAAACCGAUCUUGUCGGCUUUUUUUCGAUCAAAAAUCCAAUCUUUUGGAGGGGUUGGGCUCCAAAGAUCUGAUCUUCCUGCGUUCUCGAUCUAGUGGCCGUUAAAUAUCGGCAUUUUAGCGCUCUUUCACCGUCGGAUGUCGCUCCCGUUCCAGCAGCAGCAGUUGCCCCCGCCGCCCCCGGUGUACGCGACGUCGUACCGAGCUCAUGGCGAGUCCGUGGGGCCGGUGAUCGCCGUUCUGGCGGUGAUCGCCGUCCUGGGCGUGAUCGCUGGGAUCGUGGGGCGGCUGUGCUCCGGCCGGACCAUAAUGGGGUACGGGCACUACGACCUGGAAGGGUGGUUCGAGCAGAAGUGCGCCUCCUGCAUCGACGGGAGGCUGGAGGUGGCGCGGCCCAGCGCCAAUGGGACCGGGGCGGCGCAGCAGGCCAAGCCGUCGGAUCGGCGGCCGGAGGCCCCAGCGGAGGCCGCGGAGUCGUGAUCUGAGACUGACCUUCCGCGGAGCCUCUCUGUUCAAAAAAAAAAAGCUUCCUUUUUUUCCCUUUCUUUCUACUAUUGCUUUCUUUAAUUUUCUUUUCUGAAUAGUGUAACUUUUUCUUCUUCUUUUUUGGUGUUUUGCUACAUUAUGAAUAUGGAACCCAUGGAAUGAAAUAGAUUUGAGUUUUUGGGAA